CAGCUGGUUUCCUCAUCGACGGAGCUCACCGUGUGGCAGACCAAACUAAUCGAUCUACGCUGUUGACUUGUAUUCAAUUUCAGAUUUCCUGGUCAGAUGAGAGCGCGGAUAAACCUUCAUAAAAACAUCACUUCUACCGCGAUCACUUUUACUCUGUAUCCCGUAACAAUCCCGCUAUUUACGUAACUUAAAACCGAUAGCUGAUCGGCCUCAAAAAGACGAUAUCUGAUAUCUGAGGGUUUUUGCCUGUUCUUCCUGGAUCCGUGUCGGUGUCGAACAUGUCCGCAUCCGCCGUCGGUGCCGCGUCUCCGGGUUCGGCCCUCUCCGUCGGUCCCGUUUCGAGUCCCGGAUCCGGCAUGUCCAUGUUCCGGUGGUUGGAAGUACUGGAAAAGGAGUUCGAUAAGGCGUUUGUGGAUGUCGAUCUGUUAAUGGGAGAGAUAGAUCCGGAUCAAUCGGAUAUCACGUAUGAGGGCCGUCAGAAGAUGACCAGUCUCAGCUCGUGUUUCGCUCAGCUCUGUCAUAAAGCACAAACCAUCUUUCAACUCAACCACAAACUGGAGGCUCAGCUGGUAGACCUGCGUUCGGAGCUGACGGAUGUCCAGGGAGAGAAGGCAGUGGUGGAGAAAGAUGUCCACGAACAGCUUCUGCAGCUUCACGCUAUGCAGCUCAAACUGCAAGCCAAAGCCGGUCAAGCGGUGGACUCCGAUUCCAUCAUGGACAGAAUGCAUGUUUCCACAUUGGACAAAAUGGAGAAGGAACUGGAGGCCAGUAAGAAAGAGAAGAUGAAGGAGGCCAAGUUGGAAGCAGAAGUAAAAUUGCUGAAGAAAGAAAACGAGGCCCUCCGCAGGCACAUUGCCGUACUACAGGCUGAGGUUUAUGGAGCCAGACUGGCAGCCAAAUACCUAGACAAGGAGUUGGCUGGGAGGGUACAGCAGAUACAGUUGCUGGGUCGGGACAUGAAAGGACCAGCUCAUGACAAACUGUGGAACCAGCUGGAAGCAGAGAUUCACCUGCACCGCCACAAAACAGUCAUCCGAGCCUGCAGGGGGCGCAAUGACCCCAAGAAGUCUCUGCCAUCCCCCGCUGGCCAUGACACAGACUCUUUAAAGAAGACUCAGGGUGUUGGUCCUAUACGCAAAGUUGUUCUGACUAAAGAAGACCAUGAAGGACUUGGAAUCUCCAUUACAGGUGGUAAAGAGCACGGCGUUCCCAUCCUCAUCUCGGAAAUUCACCCCUCCCAGCCGGCGGACCGCUGCGGAGGCUUGCACGUCGGAGAUGCCAUCUUAGCAGUUAACAACAUUAACCUGAGAGAUGCCAAGCAUAAAGAGGCAGUCACCAUACUUUCACAGCAGAGGGGCGAGAUCGAGUUCGAGGUGGUUUAUGUGGCUCCAGAGGUGGACUCAGAUGAUGAGAACGUGGAGUACGAAGACGACAGUGGCCAUCGGUACCGUUUGUACCUGGACGAAAUGGAAGAGGGAGCAGGAGCCAAUCAGAACAAUGGCACUGCUGACUCUGCCUCCUUACAAGCUGUAGGAAAGCACUUAGUGAAGAACAGAACAGAGAAUGGAGAUACAGCAUUGUCUAGCGAGAGUCCAUCAGACGAGAAGAUCUCCAAGACAGAGGAAUGUACGGAGAGUUCCUCUUAGUUCUCCAGAUUAAGAGGGAAUGAUUCUGGAGAUGGAGGAUUAGCACCGGAUAUAUAAGGAGCAGAAAGAGAUUAAGACUGCACGUGUAAAAUAUGUAAGAUAAGAAAAUACUUUGUUUGAUGCAGUAUGGAGAACCGACUGUUUUGACGUCCACUGGAGAUGAACCACUGAGAGAAGAGAAGACAUGUUUCUCUGCGGACACACAGGAUUGUUCGCAUAUUUAAGUCACCAUCUUGGUAUAAUAGUUGCAUUUAGAGGAAAAAGUAGGAGCUACUUAAGGAUAAUAUGGCAUAUGAGUCUCAACUUUUUUUGUGUAUUUUUGUCUCAAUGCAUAUCACGACCUUCAGUAGAGUUUGAGGGAGAGUAAAUAACAACAUAAUUAUCAUUUUUGGCGUGAACCUAUUGCCUGGGCAGAUGGAUAUAGCAAAGAGAAAGUGUAUGUUCAUAACUUCAAAUAAAACAUCAGUAGUUUUAAUGUCUCACUUUUAGUCUAGUGUGAGUCUGUGCUGAUAAACCUGCUUAGCUGUCCUGUGUACUCUAAAGCAGUGGGUCCAGAGUGAUGUCACUUCCUGUUUUGCAGACAGGGUGGUCAGGUGACAGGGAUGGAAACGGGACAGUGCAAAUGCACACAUGAUUUAUUUACAUUACACAUUUACACUUUUUUGAGUGCCAUUUAGUUAAUAGAAAUGUAUAGAGAGAAUUCUAAAGAAUUGUUGGGGUUUCACCGCUAGUUUUUUUUUUGCAUUGUGUAUAAUGUAAUACAGUGAUUUUUUUAAAUUAAAUUAAUAAAUUGUGUGCAUUUAUGCUAAAUUUAUCAUAAAAAAUCCCCAAACUUAGAUUACAUGUUUUUUUUGUUUUUUUUUUAGAGAUGCUCCGAUAAAAAAAUUCCAUCUAUGACGAUUAUUCAGACUGAUAUCUGCCGAUACCGGUGCAGAUACCGAUAGUUUAGUUUGGUGGAUAUAUUUACUUGCAUUAACUAAAUUCUGAAGAUUACAUUUUUUUAAUGUUAUUUAUUCUUAUGAAGACAAAUAAUGUUAAACAUUAAACUAGUGAUGUUUCUUAAUAUUUUUUUAUACACAGAGCUCAAAUUUAUUGAAUUUUGAUUGACAGGAUAUAUCAGCUGUUUUAAAACUAUCAGGCGAUAACCGAUUAUUGGCCGAUAUAUCGGUGCAUCUCUACUUUUUUUAUUUGGGGUGAAAUAUAUACCAAAAGUAGAGAUUGCUUGAUAUUUUCUCUUGCAUAUCCCCUCAAGUAUUUUUGAACAUUUCCACGCUGAACAGUGUCCACUAGAUCCCGACAGUGUCAUUGAACGUACCUACUGUAUUAACUACUAUUAACUGGUAAGGGAAGAGUACUGGUAUUUUUAGCCAACAACAUGACUUUAUUUAAAUCAAACCUAUUUACUCUAUGUUGUGUGAAUAAUAAUGGAUAAAAAUGUUUUGAACACCCAUUUCCCCCUAUUCAGUCUAAGUAAAGUUAGCUCUAGUGCCUCAAAUCUGUGAAUUGUAAGAUCACUACUGUAUAGCUCACUAUAACGGUUUCUAUAAUCAUCAGUGUUGCUUUCUUAUUAUUCAUUUAUUUAACAUAUCACUAACUCUCACGGUAUGAAAUAUGUAUCUCCUAACAACAUAUUCUGCUGUGAAAGCUCUUGCGUCUCAAGAUCUUCCUACACUGAUUACUCCAUAUUUAAAUAAACAUAUGGGCAAUAUAAACAUGCCCUAAAUGAAGAAUACAUGCUUAUGCCUUAGUGCAAUACUUACAUUAUUCAUGAUCAUCACACUUAUGUUCUGCUGCUUUGUUUUUCCCACUGUAGUCUUCACAGGUGUUUCAUUAGAUGUUAUAUGAGGGCAAUCAGCUCUUUUGGCCAUAUGGUCUUCUCUUAUCAGUAUGUGGGUUGGCUAAAUGAGCUGUUUGUGUAACUUAUGUUCUUUCUUUGUUACUGAUUAGUAUGGACUCGGGUGCAGUGCGUCUCCUUGGGGCACUAGUUUUUUUCCCACACAGCCAGCGCAUGGCACAGACAACCCAGAUGGUCAUUUUACUUCUUCAAAGCAAAUUAUUUUAAACUGUUUUUUUUCUCAAUUUAUCUUUCUUAAACACUGCUUUAUAUUUUCAGUGUACUAAUUUCUGUAACAUGGGAGAUUUGGAAUCAAUGUUACACGUGUAGGUUAUGUAUGACAUGAUGAAAUGUUUGAAUAAACUUAAAUUUAUUUGCCCUGA